UACUGUGAAUAGGAGCGUGCAUUUAGGGGGUGGUGGUGUUGAUGGCUCGACAAAAAAAGAGCAUUAAAGUUACAAUUGUUUAACGGAAAGAAUCGAGAGAACGACGCAAGAUGGCAAUACCGUACGAGCUAUUUCCUUUGUACUAAGCGUCACGCGUAUGCGCGCAACAACAAACUGUUUGUGAGAUGAACUCUGCGAGCAAGGUCGGUGAGAUUUUCAGCGCGGCUGGAGCUGCCUUUGGCAAGCUUGGCGAGCUAACGAUGCAACUUCAUCCAACAACAGACUCUCCAGCAGGUAAAUGGACUGACGAGGAAAUAGAGAUGCUCCGUCACUCGGUAAAAACCUUCAGCGAAGAUUUAAACAAAAUAAGCGAACGCAUCAAAGGAAGAACGGUCUCACAAAUUCGAACUACUUUGAAGAAGAAAGCUUUUGAAGAAGCUGGAGUGCCGAUUAGACAACAAAGUCAACAGUCUACGAUUGUACAACAAGGAUCUAAACAACAAAGUGCCAGUAAUCAAGCUCUUAUUGGAAAAUCUGCGGAAGUUACCUUAAAUAUGUUAAAUGCAUCCGAAUCAGAGGUGGACGUCGAAGGACUACCCGAUGAUUGUCAAGUCAAGCUUGAAUUUGAAGGUGCCACGGAAGAGGUAGCUUCUUAACUCUCAACACAACGUCUUUUAUCUAUUGUUAUAAUUUAUAAAUCGGGAACAAAGCUGUAAUCGAUUAAUUGUUUUAACGGUAAACAAUUAAAAAAAAGUAAAGAAAGAAACUGUUUUUGUUAAUAAAUUUUGUCGCACAGAAUUUGAGAAUGAUAAAUCUCUAUUUUAAAUUUGACCUAUG